UUAGGAGGAGCCGAUCUCUUUGACAUCUGACUAAAGGAAAGAGGAACUAGUGCAGCGUUGGCUGUCCGUACUUCGCCUUUCUUCUCAAGGCUGGGUGGAAAUUUCCUUUGCUUACAAAAAAAAAUCAAAAAGCGUUUGAGUAACAAUAGGGCGACAUGGGAUCGGGCGCUUAGUGCGCUUUUCCGUUUUAUUUUACUUUUUCUUUGGAUGAAGAAGAGUAGUCUUUCGCCAGAGAAGUAUGACAUGAAGUAACCCCGCGUUGGUGCUCCGGCGUGGUUAGGCGUUGCGAGGAGCCCUGGCUGACCUCAGAGAGGUCUGCUCUACCCCUCUGCAGGUGAUAACAAUGGGCAGGUGAUAAGUGGCACUAUGCACACAACAAGGAAGAAACUCAAGUUGGUCGGGGUGAUGAUGACUGUGAACGUCUUCAUCUUCAUCAUGGCAGAGGUCCUUCGGAGCAGUGGUCAAGGCAAGGGCAACGGGCACAAGUUACUCAUGCCCACAAAGCCUUUCUGGAAGAAGCUGGUGGCCAAAGAGGGCUUCUGGAAUCGGGAGCAGCAGAAGCUGGACUACUUGCACAACCCCAUCCUGAUGAGAAGCAAUGGCUCCAAGGCCGAGCUGCUGCAGUGGCUUAAUGACACGGACUUCUCUGAAUCGUGCGACCCGGACUUUGGCGUCGCCACGAAGGUGAGCGAUUAUAAUUCCCUGCCGGGGCGUUUCAAGGACUUUCUGCUGUAUAUGAAAUGCAGGUCGUACCCCAUAGUGUUGGACCAGCCUGACAUGUGCAAGAAUGGGCCUUUCCUAUUGCUGGCCAUUAAAUCCCUGGCGCCACACUUCGACCGACGCCAGGCCAUCCGGGAAUCAUGGGGGCGAGCUGGUCGGAUUGCCAACCGCACAAUUGCCACGGUGUUCCUCCUUGGCAGUGCCACGGGGGUGGAUCAUUUCCCUGACUUGUCAACGAUGCUGCAGUUUGAGAGCUCUGUACAUCAUGACAUCCUCUUGUGGGACUACAGGGACACCUUCUUCAACCUCACCGUCAAGGAGGUGCUCUUCCUGGACUGGUUCCGCCACCGCUGCCCCACAGCCAAUUUCGUCUUCAAGGGGGAUGAUGACGUCUUUGUCAACACACACCGCAUCAUGGACUUCCUCAAGGACCUAUCCCCAGACAAGGGGAAAGACCUCUUUGUUGGGGACGUGAUCACCAACGCUGGCCCACACCGGGACAAGAAGCUGAAGUACUUCAUCCCGGAGAGCAUUUUUGUGGGCCUGUACCCCCCAUAUGCAGGAGGAGGGGGGUUCCUGUACUCAGGAGACUUGGCAUUACGUUUGCACAACGUGUCUCAGCAAGUGUUCCUCUACCCCAUCGAUGACGUCUACACUGGCAUGUGUCUCAGGAAGCUGGGACUGAGUCCCGAAAAGCACAAGGGCUUCCGGACCUUUGAUAUCGAGGAGAAGUACAGAGACAACGCCUGUGCUUACAAGAGCUUGAUGCUGGUGCACAGCAGGACUCCUCAGGAGAUGAUUAAAAUAUGGACGUGGCUCAGCGACCCCAAUUUGAACUGUCAGUGAUCGUCGCUGUAAAUCUGGAAUGCGCUGACCUGUUGUCAUAUCUUUUAUCAUGCUGAAAGAAUGGUGAGCUUCACUUGUUCCAAAAACCAAUGGGUAGUUGAUGCGGGUAUAUAUAUAAUUUUUUUUUAAGAAACAAAGCAGUUUUGAGGUUUAUGACCGACAGGUUAAUUCUUUCUUGGGUCGUUUUGUGGAAAACUUUCUGUAAAUGGUGAAGAUGCCCCUGAAUUCCUAAAACAGCAGGGUCCAGUUAUGCCUCAAAUUAUACUUAAAACCUGAUAGUGAAAAUAACAAAUUUUGUGCUCACAAGUAUUGUAAACAUGCUUCAAAAUACAAUAAGAAGUUUGACAUCUUGGAUGAUAAUGUCUUGGCAGCUGAACUACCAAUGUUGUGAUUGUUGCGCCGAAAGAUAUUUGAACUCUACAUUUUUUUGCAUUCAAAAUGUGACCCAGUUCUACUGGUUUAUUAGAAUAUUAGUUGUGUUUUUUUGUAUUAUACACUUUUCUUUCAAGAAAUGAUCAUGCUGAAUAUUUUUAAUUACUUCUAUGUACUUGAUAAUGGUUUUCAGUUCGUUAGCUCGUGUAGUGCCCCCGCCCCAUUCAUGUCCUUGUUCAAGAGGAUGUCAUUUUUACACAGAAACCAAUCAGGUCAUAAUGGUUCCCCUUAUGGAAAUUGAGCCAUUUGAUCGUAGAUCCAUUUUUUUUCAAUCAUUAUGACGCUGAAUAUUCAUUCCAGGAAUUUGUGUGGGUUGUUCUGCUUUAUUAUUGUUAUUAUAAUUGUUAUUUAAGUGCACUUUAUGUUCAUGUCCAUGAGUCUGUGCUUAUUGAUUGAUUGCUUUUUGUUAUGCUGUGAAGAAUUUGCGUAGUUUUAGGUUGGCCUUACCGUACACGUGGAGAUGCAAGAUUAGCCAGAUUAUAGAUUAUUCUGACAGAAAAUUCUGAUGUAAUUGUGUGAUUUCUCUUUUUUUUUUGUUUUGUAAAGAUGGGAGUAGAUUUGAAAUUUACUCUCUAAAUUGUUUUGGGACACAAAUUCCAAAUUGUACUGGCAAUAAAUUUCAUAUUGCAGAUGUUGGUUGAAGUUCUGUUCCCCACCUCCCACAAACCCUGGUUUUAUAUGUGAGGUAAAAUGCACCGUUAAUAAAAUGUCUGUGAGAAA